AUGUCUGCCAAGGCCGAGAGCAUUGUUCCUAUUCCAUCAGAUUCUGGUAAAGGUACUCCAAUACCUAAUAAAUGGGUUUUCUGGUACUUAAUUCCUUGCAAAGGAGGCCAAAAUGUCCAUUGGAGCGAAUAUCUUCAUCCACUUCAUUCAUUCGAUACGAUUGAAGGUUUCUGUAAACUUUUAAGCUCUAUCGAACAUUUACAUAGUUUGUUAAAAGGCUGCAGAUAUUACGUUUUCCGCGAAGGAGUAAAACCACUCUGGGAAGACCCAUCUGUAAAAGAUGGUAAUGUAGUAUCCAUUGAAAUGGAUAAAACUCCAGAAAAUACAGAAAAUAUAGAGCAGAAAUGGCAGGAUAUCAUUAUACCAACAUUAAAUGAAGAGCUUGGGCCAGAUGUUGUAGGAGUCGAAUUUGCAUCCAGAGAGACUUCUUGGAGAAUGGCAUCUUGGAUCAAAAAGGACUCCAAAAAUAUUGAUAAAAUUUUCGAGUUUUAUCAAAACGCGUUACCAAAUCUAUCAAAUUUAGUAACAGUAUCAAAGGUAGGAAACUAG